AUGGCUGCGGAAAACCCUACAAUAUUACACGAAAAACUUGAAGAAUAUAACAGUGCCUUUGAAAAAAUCAUGGAAGAGCUUGAAGAGCCUGAAAUGCCAGAAAAUCCAAAAAGUUCUGCCCCGUCAACAACAGACGAAACCCCCAAAAAAAGUAGAGGGCAAUAUCAAAAGCCUACGGAUAAAGAUAUAAAAAAGCUUCUUUAUCUCUACUUCAUAAGGGGAUUAACUAUCGAAAAAGCCAGCAAGAUAGUAAAUAUGAAACAAACAACUGCUGGUGGCUAUAUUUUGAAGUGGAGAAAGUCUCCAGUUGUUUUUUUCAUUAAAAACAACAAGGAGGCUACAAGUGACAAAAAAAUGAAUCUUUUAUUCGAAACUUACUCUGCAAUAAAGAAAGCAUACAAAUAA